AUGGGCUUGUCACUCACGUUAGCACGAGUUUGUGUCGAAUCAUCGGACCUGGAUGGAGCGCUUCUGAGUAUGGCCAAAGCUGCGGACUACAUCGAACGACUAAAGAAGAUCGACAACUUGACUGCUGAGGAUAGUGCGCAGGUGCAAAAGAUUGAGGCUGAGUAUUUGACCAUGCGAUGUGCUUUGUCAUGGAAACAGGGCCGUCUCGACGUUGCGGAGCACAUGUACGCCAAAGCGGACGACCUCUUACACAACCUCGAUCCAACUUCUGCUGAACAUUUGGCUGACACGUUUCACGGUAUUGGGGGCGACCUCUUGUCGAGAGGCGAUAAUGAAAUGGCUUUGAAGUGGCUCCGGCGUGCACUUGACCUCAUAAAUGACCAAGCGCUAGAAACGCUUUCAACUGAAGGGCUGGAACUUCGAAUAUCCAUCCACCACGAACUCAUACAGGCAUUUAUCGCCACCGGAUCGCAAGAUGGACUGCAAGAAGCUGAGAAUCUUGUGUCGCAUGUUGAAUCAGAGAUCGGUGACAAGCCAGUGGUACUACAUUGGAGACUCGAGAUUCUUCAACGAUCUCCAAGCGAAGUCUUCAACGCCGAUGCAUGCGCAAGUAUACUACGCCGCAUGAUACGUUCGCUCGAUAUGUCGGACGCUGGGCUCGGCUUUCUUCUACAUGGUAUCAGCGAACUGCGAAUGAGAGGUCCACGUUUAGCGAUAGGGCUCGUGGAUGAGUUAUUACUCAGGAAACUUAUGCCUUCCCGUAACAUGGGCUGGAUAGGCAAAGCCAUUGUCCGGCGAGUUUGGAUGGGCACGAUGGAAGCAGAUGCGUCUGCGAGCGUAGCAGAUCUAACGCAGACACUGAAUCAGCUCGUUCAAGAAGCUGGUCAGUGUGAUGUUGAGGCCUCAACUGCUGCACUUUCUAAGCUCAUUUGGAAGAAGCUUGAUACCAGUUAUUCCAAAAAGCAGUACAAAGAAUCCCAGCUUUGGUGCCAGGUUGCGCUCCACUCCAUCUUUGCGAAUAGUGGCGAGGUAUGCCAAGGCAAGUUCAGCAGGCGGCUGGUGCUAUGCGCUACUUCUUGUAGCGAUGCAGAGGCUGCACUUUCUGCAUUUCACUCAAUGCCUAGAAGUAUCCAGGAUGAGCCGCUCACCAGGUAUCUCAUGUUCAGGGUUUCUCUUCUGAACUGGGACCAUGACUUGGGUCGUCAAUGUGUCGAGUUCCUGGGUAAAUUUGCCGAGAAAUCUCAGUGUCGAGAUAUACUAUACGCAUGUAUAAGAGAUGCACAGCUCGUCGGCGAUAAGCUGAUGACCCUGGAAGCUUUGAAGGCGGUUGCCGAAAGCUUUGAUGAUGAAGGCUCUUUGACAAUCAAUCUGCCAUCGAUUCUGAGGUGCACAAUCAGGCUUAUACACUCGCUUGAGUCGCAAGAGUGUAACGAAGGAGAUCCAAGUCCUCAACUUGCAGAAGAAACUUGCCGAAUUUUCGAAAGGGCUGGUGAGCACGCCAAAUUGGAGCCAAAGGAUGAGCAAGGUUGCAAAGUCUUCACAGUAUCGGAGCUGCACUGGUUUCGAAAGAACGCAUACAACAUCGGUGUGACAAAGUGUCAUGUCUAG